CAAGGUGCGGGACAGACGGCGGCAGAGCUCCUGCGCCCUCGCCUCGCCUCCCUCUUUCGCCCGCCGUCCCGGCCCGUUCCUGCCUCGCUCCGCCAGCCAUGCCCAACUUCGCCGGGACCUGGAAGAUGAAAAGCAGCGAGAAUUUCGACGAACUCCUUAAAGUCUUGGGGGUCAAUGCCAUGCUCCGGAAAGUGGCCGUGGCCGCCGCCUCGAAGCCCCACGUGGAGAUCCGCCAGGACGGGGACCAGUUCUACAUCAAGACCUCCACCACCGUCCGCACCACCGAGAUCAACUUCAGGGUGGGGGAGAGCUUUGAGGAGGAGACCGUAGACGGACGGAAAUGCAGGAGUUUAGCCACUUGGGAAAAUGAGAACAAACUCUGCUGCAAGCAAACACUUCUGGAAGGGGAGGGCCCCAAAACCUACUGGACGAGAGAACUGGCUGGAGACGAGCUGAUUUUGACUUUUGGUGCCGACGACAUUGUAUGCACGAGAAUUUACACGCGAGAGUGAAAAACGCCAACCCAUUCCUCUCCAUGCAGGAAAGCAGGGGAAGGGGCUGAAGAGGCGGAUCAACAAGCAGAUGUUGUGAAAGAUCCUGCGGAAUAAACAUCCCUGCAUGUUGUUUUAAGAGCAGGUUCCUGCGUGAUCGUACAUGUUUCAAAUCCCAGCUCGCCAGCCCGUAUCUCCAGGUUUUUUGUUUUGCUUUUGAUUACGAGUCCGGGUCCCAGUAGAAUUUAAGCGUGUGUGUCUGUGUGCAUUUGUGUUUGCGGGGACAAACCCCUUCCAUUCCCCCCUGCUCACUGGUAUUGGUAGCUUCACAUUUGUAUGGUUUCAGC